AUGACCGCGGAUCGCAAAGACCGCAAGCACCAUCGAUCGUCACGCUAUGAUGACCGUGAUCCGGAGUAUGAUGAUCGUUACCGCGACGAGAAGGGCAGCCGGGGUGACCGUACACGAACUGCAUCGGCAGACUCCAAGUAUCGUAGCAGCCGUCGUGACAAGGACAAGCACCGUUCAUCGCGGUCCCACCGCGACCGGAGCAAGGAGCAUCGUCGUCGCCAUCGCUCCCGAUCCCCUCGUGAGGGAGACAAAUAUGAAGACGAAGAAGCGUACGGCAAUGGCGAAAAGGAUUCUGAUGGCAGUUCACGACGCAAGCACAGGAGCGGGCGCGACCGGUCACGCGACAAGGAACGUGAACGAGACCGCAAGGAUCGUAAAGAGCGAGAGCGAGACCGCAACUAUGAUUACGACCGCGAGAAGGAUCGCUCCCGCGACAAGGAUAAGGACAAGGACCGUAGGCGGCGUCGCGAUCGUGAAAGUGAAGACGAUGAGCGUGAUUAUGGGGACGACAAUCACCGCUCUUCACGCCGUAGUCGCAAAGAUCGCGAUCGCGAGCGACGCGAGUACGAUGAUCAUGAGCGCAAAGACAAGCCAUCUCAAUUGGAGAGGGAAGAGGAUGUCGUCGGUCAGAUGAUGAAGAAACGCGCUAUGUCUCCGCCCUUGAACGCACCAACCGGGCCCUCGGCGAAUGGCUUCAGCAUCAAGGGUCGCUCAAAGAACGCGGUCAUGCCUCCACCGGCCCAACCUCCUACCGGCCCACGAGCUUUCCAGCCACCCAAGGGUCCGGCUGCUGAUCGAAAUAAGGACCGAAGCGGCGAAGCUAGGGAUCACCGUCGUAAAACCAGCGCCACUUCUACAUCGACUAUACCAACCGGCCCUUCAUCCAAAGACAAAGAAACGUUCCAAGACCAUUAUGCCGCUGAGCGAGAGCGCAACGCCCGAGAGCGAGACAGUCGCGAACGUGUAGAGAAGCCAUCCAGCUCCAGCAAGUCCCUUCAAUCACGCAUCUCUCCUUCAUCCCGCCCUACGCUCUCGAGUAAGCGUAGCAGAGACGACUUUGACGACGAGGCACCGGUACCCACAGGCCCCAAAGCUGAUGCCAAGCCUCCCACAGGCCCCGCCGCGCAUCGUGACAAGCGCAGGAAGUCUGGUGCGACGGGUGACGACAACAUUGCCAGCCUCUUUACAGCGGGACUGCGUAAGAACGCCAAGGCUAGACGUGGUGGUGUGAGGACUGAAGGCGACGUCGAGCGCGAGAUGAUGGAGCGGGAGCGGGAAAGGCGGUAA